CAUUAUAUAGCCAAAGAAUAGCAUUCUGACUUCUGCCCUAUGACUUCCUGGUCUUAUAAAUACAAGGGCAGAGCUGGGUUCCUGUGAGCCCAGGAGUCCUCAGGCCAGCUCUGGACUUCCCACUGGGAGGAUGAAGGUUUCCGUGGCUGCCCUUGUCUUCCUCAUCCUUGCUGCUGCACUUGGAUCCCUGGCCCGUGUCAUACACGAUACAGAGACAAGAGAACUCACGAUGGAAAAGCUUCAGCUUGGAUCUUCAGUAAUGCACCAUGCUGCAGGCUUUCACCGCCCUGCUGACUGCUGCUUAUCCUACACCCCACGAAGCAUCCGCUGUGUAUUCAUGAGAGAUUAUUUUGUAACGAGCAGUGGGUGUUCCCAGCCGGGUGUCAUCUUCCACACCAAGAAGGGGAAACGUGUCUGUGCCGACCCCAAUGGUGAAGGAGUUCAAGAUUGCAUGAGAAAACUGACGCCCUACUCCAUAUCCACAGGCUCAAGAAUAAUAGCACUUUCUUGAGGAAAUGGGACAGAAGGGGCCAGCCACCCCAUCCCCAACUCUCUUGCCCCAACACUUCCUGCGAAUUUCUUGGCCCGAAUUAUUUUAAAAAGUAUUGUUCUGUUUUCACUGUAAAAGUAAUACAUCUAAUAAAGAAUAUUCAAUUUUAA